AUGACUCGCACCCACCUCCGUGUCGCCAUUCUCCAGAACUAUCCACUCUCAGCAGAAGGUGGUGAACUUAUGCUUGAGAGUAUCUCAAAGCUGGUCCGCAACUCGAAACCCAACGUCGCAAUCAAUGUCUACGCACCGAUUCAGGGCGAUCCAUUCCCUGAUCUAGAUACUUCUGAUUUAAUCAUUCUCACUGGCGGCCCGUUUAAUCUAUUAGAAGAUGAAAAACCAUCCUGGGUAACCGGAACCCUGGAUUUCAUCAAAGCCGCCACCACAGAUCGGGCGACGCCGAAGCUUCUCGGUAUCUGCUGGGGUCAGCAAGCAAUUGCGUUAGCCUUGGGGGGUUCGAUGGGAGAAUUGAAGAGCGGGCCUUGUAUUGGCGUGGAGACUAUUCCGUUGACCGCUGGCGGUGCACGAUUCUUCAAUGCUAAAUCACUGGACAUACAUAAACACCAUAAACUUGCUGUCGUCGAUAUAGGGCCUCGUCUUUCUUGCUUGGCGCCCAACAAUGAAAUCCUCUUGUCGAAGGAUAACCAAGUCCUCACUUUCCAGGGCCAUCCCGAGCUGGAUGCUACCCUUUCCCAACUACUUAUGGAUCCAGAUGGCCCGUCCGUUUCUGAACUGAAAACGGACAUUAAGCCUAUUGAUGCCCCCCAUGACGGCGAUGUGAUUUUUGCGACAGUCAUGAAAUGGGCGUCGGGGGAUAUAUAG